GACUGUUUACGGUAGCUACUCUGCUCCAAUCGGAGCGGAUAAACUGUAACACAUUAAAGAUGGCCGAUACCGUGGGAGAAGUGCUGCCGAUGGUCAGCGGUCGUUUGACGACUGUGUUUGUACGAAAUCUGCCCAAGUCUGCGGUUGGUGAGCAACUGGAGAAGAUUUACAGCGAGGUGGGCCCGAUCAAACACUGCUUUGUGGUGAAUGAGAAAGGGAGUCAGACUUGUCGUGGUUUUGGGUAUGUGACCUUCUCACUUCCGGCAGAUGCGCAGAAAGCUUUGAAAGAAGUGAAAUUCUAUGAUGGCCAGAAACUCUCUGUUUCUCUCGCCAAGAAGAAGCUUUUGGGAAAGAAAGCUGCCCCCAAGGAAGCUUCUAAAGCCAAUACAAAACAACAAACACAGAAGAAAUUGCAGAGGAAAGCAAGGCUGAUAGUUCGAAACCUGAGUUUUAAGUGUUCAGAAGAUGACCUGAAGGCACUUUUCUCGCAAUAUGGGACUGUACUGGAGGUUCACAUCCCUCGGAAAGAAGAUGGGAAAAUGCGAGGAUUUGCAUUCGUUCAACUGAAGAACCUUCUGGAAGCUGGGAAAGCCUUGAAGGGAAUGAACCUGAAGAAAAUUAAGGGUCGUCCUGUAGCAGUGGACUGGGCAGUGGCCAAGGACAAGUACAACGCAGCAGUGAAUCUCGAGAGUGCAGGAGCUGAGGAUAAGGAUGAUCUUCAGGCUGCAGAUAAAAACAACGAAAGUCAGGAAGAAGCAGAUAGUAAGGACCAUGUGGAUGAAGCAGAAAAAGAACCUGCGAAGGAAUUGAAUGUAAUGCUGCAGCGGAAUGUGGUGUCCAAAAAGAGAUCAACAACGAAGGAGGAGGAGGUUGUGAUUGAAUCUUCAGAAGAUGAAACUGAUGAUGAAGAUGUGUCAGAUGAAGAAUUGUCAAACGAGGAAGUAUCAGAGGAUGAUGAGCAGGAUGAAAAGCCUACGAAACAAACGUUCAGAAAGCCCAGUCUCCCAGUGGAUGUUCAUGAAGGACGGACAGUCUUCAUCAGGAACUUGUCCUUUGACACUGAGGAAGAACCUUUGGGGGAGAUGUUGGAACAGUUUGGAGACCUGAAAUACAUUUGUGUAGUCAGGCACCAUGACACAGAACACUCCAAGGGUUGUGCCUUUGCCCAGUUUAUGACAAAAGAGUCAGCGCAGAAGUGUGUGGAGGCAGCAGAGAGCCAGUGUGAGAAUGGAGGACUCCAGUUGGAUGGGAGGAAACUGAUUGUGACCUUGGCAGUUAGUCGUGAAGAGGCCAAGAAAUUCUCCCAGAAGUCGUCGAGAAAACCACCUGGAACACGGAACCUGUACCUGGCUCGAGAAGGCUUGAUUCGAGCUGGGAUGAAAUCGGCAGAGGGCAUGAGUGCCACAGACAUCACUAAGAGAACACGAUUUGAGGAGCUGAAGCGCCAAAAGCUGAAGGAUAUGAAUAUCUUUGUCUCAAAAACAAGGCUGUGCGUACACAACAUUCCAAAGUCGUUGACAGACCAGCAGCUCCGAAAGCUCUGUUUAGAGGCUGCAGGCACAAAGGAUGCACGCUUAAAGGAGUGUCGGAUCAUGCGGGACUUGCAGACGGCAAAGGCAGAAAGAAGUGGGAGCUCUCUGGGCUAUGGCUUUGUAGAGUUCACAGAGCAUAGUCACUCCUUGACAGCCCUGCGCUGUCUGAAUAAUAACCCAGACAUUUUUGGGCCAGAGAAGAGGCCGAUCGUGGAAUUCUCUUUGGAAGAUCGGCGGAAACUGAAAAUCAAAGAGAUGCGCAUGCAGCGCAGUCUGCAGAAGCAGCAGCAUAAAGCGGGAGCAAGAAAACAUGUGCAGACUGGGAAAUGCAGUACACAUUCAAGUACCCAAGAGCAGACCACCCUGCAAACUAUUCCAAAGAGUGACAAACUGUGGUCUGGAUUUUGUACCACACCUGAAGUUGAGGAGGUGGAGCUGGCCAAUGGCAAGAAACGAAAGAAGGUGCUCCCUCUGCCUUCUCACCAAGGCCCUAAAAUUCGAAAGCGGGAUAAAGGGAAACAGCAGCAACUACAAACCAAGAAGGUGACAACGCAACCAAGCCGGGCUAAGAGAAAGAAGAUUUCAGUCAUGAUGAAGCAGUCCCUUUCCAAAAAGCAGGGUGCAGAGACUAACAAACAGAACAAGGAAGAGAAGAGAUUUAACUCCUUGGUCGAGCAGUACAAGAAGAAACUCCUGGGGUCAGUCACAGCCUCCUGCCCCAUGAAGAAAAGCAAAUGGUUUCAGGAUUAGAGUGUGAUCAAGGAUUCUGCACCCUACCUCAGACUGACUGCAGGACUGGCGUGGGCCCCACCUCAGACUGACCGCAGGACUGGCGUGGGCCCCACCUCAGACUUGACUGCAGGACCGGCGUGGGCCCCACCUCAGACUGACCACAGGACUGGCCUGGGCCCCACCUCAGAUUGACCACAGGACUGGCCUGGGCCCCAACUCAGACUGACCGCAGGACUGGCCUGGGCCCCACCUCAGACUGACCGCAGGACUGGCCUGGGUCCCACCUCAGACUGCAGGAUCAGUCUUGACUGUCAUGAGGCAUGCAUUGUGGACUCUGCGCAUCUUGUAUUGCCCAGCGUGGUAUUCUGUGGAUGUCAUAACAUGAUCUGCAUUAUGGUGUUUGGCAUUCUUAUUGUUUUCAGGAAGAAUACGGUUCAGUGUAAGGAAGGGCUGAUGCUGUUUGAAGGAGAUUUACCGGACACUGCAACUCGACAUGGUGGUGGUGGAAGAGUGUGUCUAGAAUGGUGAUGGCCUGUAUGUGAGAGUGGGUGUGUUUAUGGAUAGUGCAUAUGUUUGCAGUUGUAGGUGUUUGUGUGUUUUGUAUUGUGUUUGCUGGUGAUUUCUGCUGUCAAACCUUUGAGAGGGUCAGAGACCAACUACCCUACGUGUUGAGUUGGAAGUUCCUUCGAAUUUAAACUUGUUGUGCAGCCAAAACCAACCCUUCAAAAUGUUUUGUUCAUUUUAAGUUUAACAUGUGAAUGUGGGAAAGGAAUAUUUGUAAAUAUAUAAAAGUUUUCAUCUGGUUUAAUCACAGAUCCAUUGUAGCAGUAAUAUGUCAAUUCUAGCUCUGUAGCUUUCAUUGUUAUCUUCUUGAGUGGCUUAGAUGCACAUUGUCAAAUCCCUGAGCCUGAUCUGAAGUUUAAAUUCACCUUUCCCUUUCACUCUUGUUUUUCAUAUUUGUGAAAUCUGUGUUCUGACUUAAAUUUCUCAAACAUUAAGUGCUGGGGGUAAAAGAAGAGCUCCUCAAGUUAACUUCACUAUGAAGGAGACCAUCAAAUUGCACUUAACUUCAUUUCAACUGAAAGCGGAUUAUUUUGUGUCUUAUCUACAGAUGCUAUGCAUCUGUCUGCAUAUCUUCGAAACUGUAGUCUGUCCGAUGAGUGUAUGGGUAGAUUUGUAAACAGUGAAUGCAUUCUUCCCUAAAUAUUGUUACCAUUGGGAGUACAAGGGCUGCAUUUGCACUACACCUGUAUGGUCACUGAGUGCUGGCUUAAAUCUCCUACAACUCCCGGUUUGAAUUUGUCAGUCACCAGAACGGAGCAGGGUGAGUCUCCCUGGAGAUAGUUUGUGCCUCGACUCCAGAUUUACGUUUCACCAGCUCAGUUCUUUACAAAUUUCAUAUUGUAUCAUUCCAGCACCAAUUUCCUGCCUAAAUGCAGAGUCUCAUUCUUUGCAAAAUAUUUGUGUCUUGGUUAGUCAGCCUUUGUUUUAAUCCAGAGAUUACUCUCUCAAAUAAAAUAAGAAAAAGUUA